ACUCGCGCGUAGAACUAUGGCGUGUUGUGGCAGCCUGUUGAACUUCUCGUUUGACAGUUGGCGACGAGGCUAGCAAGCGGCGUAGAUUAUCUCGUAUGAAGAUUACGAUCAUUGAAAAAAGAUGUAACACGUUCUCACUGGAGAUAUGAAACGAUCAUGGACGUGGAGUGGGACGAAAUGAGUGAUGUCGUAACUAGCACAUUAAAGCCUACUAUUUGUAAUAAUAAAACGAAAGUAAAUGGUACGUCUGAGGUUAAAAGCAGAAAAGCAUGGGUAGCAAUACAAACCUCUCCAGACAUUUUUCAUUCAACCAAGGCCCGCGUGCAUUUCCACAUGAAAAAGGACAAAGUAUCGUUCUUUCCAUUGCCUCAGACUAUCAAAAGUAUGCAACAGUAAACUGUAAAAUUUUCCACAUGAAUAUUCUCUCUUUCUCUAGUUUUCAUUGUAUAGAUGUGGUCACACAUGAAGCAGACACACACAAUUUAGCAAAAUGUAAAUUAUGACUCUAUGAUAAAUGCCCAAUCACUAAAAAUAUACCAGUACUUUAUUUAUGAGUGACUAUUAUUUGUGUGGCUUUAGAAUGCUGUUUUGUGCAAUACUUAAUUUACUUCUGAGUCAAUUGCUAAAUCAUUCGUCAUAUGUAGCCUAUAAUGAAGAGAUAAAAGUUAAGAAAUAUGUGAUUGCAAUGAAAAUGUGAGACUGCCUUGAUGAUCUAUAUGAAGGUCAUGCCAUAUAAAUGCUGAAAAAGCAAGACAUGCAUAGCCAGAAUUGCUGCUGAGAUGAAUUUCAAUGAAUCUUCUAAGGAAUAUUGCCACUUCAAAGUUCCAGCCAACAUAUGCCAGGCAAGCAUUCCCAUGCUUUGAUGAGCCAGGCUUUAAGGCGAGGUUUUCUGUACGAAUUGUACGUCCUACUGAGGGCUACCAUGCUCUCUCCAACAUGAAUGUUGAGAGUGAACUGAAUGAUUCUCCAGAUACUGGUUUCACAACAGUCCAGUUUGCAGAGUCAGUUCCCAUGGUAACAUACCUUGCUUGCUUCAUUGUGAGUGACUUCCAGCGUCUAGCCCCUGUACCUAUACUGAAUGCAGAUGGCACUACAUUUCCAUUUAGUGUCUACUCAAGUCCUGCCCAAGUCAGCAAGACAGCAUUUGCACUGGAAGAUGGGGUUGCAAUUACAAAAUACUAUAUCAGCUACUUUGGCAUUGGCUACCCUCUGCCAAAGCUUGAUAUGGUUGCCAUUCCUGAUUAUGUGUCUGGAGCGACAGAGCAUUGGGGUGUCAUCACAUUCCGGGAAACUAACCUGUUGUAUGAUCAGACUAUCAGCUCUGUUUCUAACAAGCAGAGAGUUGCAACAGUCAUUGCCCAUGAGCUGGCACAUAUGUGGUUUGGAAACCUCAUGACAUUGAAAUGGUGGGAUGACUUGUGGCUGAAUGAAGGUUUUGCUACCUACAUAGAGUACAAGGGCGUCAAUGCAGCACAUUCUGAGUGGGGUAUGCUGGACCAGUUCCUUGUGGAUGACCUGCACCCUGUGUUUGUACUGGAUGCAACUCUGAGUUCACGUCCAAUUGUGAAGGAGGUCUCUACCCCUGAUCAGAUUACUGAAAUAUUUGAUGUUAUUUCUUAUAACAAGGGGGCAGCAGUCAUUCGCAUGCUGGAAGACUUCCUUGGAUCAGAAGCUUUCCGGCUAGGCAUCUCAGCUUUUCUGAAGAAGUAUGAGUUUGACAAUGCUGUGACAUCAGACCUUUGGACAGUACUUCAAGAGCAAGUGACUGAUGAUGGCAUUGAAGUAGCUUCAGUGAUGGACACAUGGACACGUCAAAUGGGCUACCCUGUAGUUGAAGUACUUCGUGGCUUAGAGUCAGGUUCACGUUUUCUCAGCCAGAAGAGAUUUCUCUCAAACCCCAAGGCUACCUACAAUGCUAGUGAUACUCCAUACGGAUAUAAGUGGGCAAUACCCAUCACUUACAUCACUUCAGACAAUCCUACGGAGACUAAGAGGGUGUGGUUGCAGCCAACAGAAAGACAAAAGAAACUGGAAAUUGGUAAUGCUACUUGGCUAAAGCUGAAUAGACAUGAAGUUGGCUACUAUAGAGUGAAUUAUGACUAUGAAGAUUGGAAUGCCCUUAUUUCAUUAUUGAAAACUAAUACUCGGUCACUGGAUACUGCUGAUAGAGCACAUUUGUUGGAUGAUGCCUUCAGUCUUGCAGCUGCAGGGCAACUCAGGUAUGAAACAGCCCUGGAGCUCACACGAUAUUUGAGCAAUGAGACAGAGUAUGUGCCAUGGGUUGUUGCUACCACACACUUCACCAAGAUGUUCCACCUGCUACAAGGAUCUGAUGAAGCCCAUGGCUUACUCAAGGUUUAUUUGCAGGAACAGAUAGAAGAUGUUUAUAAUUCUCUAGCUUGGAAUGUUAAUGACACUGAUGAGCAUCUACAGAGGAGACUGCGAAUAGUGGCUCUAGAGUUAGCAUGUCUAGCAGCACUGCCAGCGUGUCUACAACAGGUGCAGGAUGAAUUUGAUGGUUGGUUAGUCCAACCAGACUACAGACCCCAUCCUGAUCUGAGAACACUUGUGUACCAUUAUGGAAUGUCAGCAAAUGGGUCAUUUGAAAGCUGGGAACAGAUGUGGCAAUUAUAUGUUGCUGAGACAGAUGCACAGGAAAGAACAAAACUACUGUAUGGGCUUGCAGGGAUCCAAAAUGAGGAGGCAAUUCGCAGGUACCUCAACUACACAAAGGAUGAGAGCUUGAUAAGAUCACAGGACUUCUUUACAGUCAUUGGCUACAUUUCGGGCAAUCCUGUGGGCAGUCAAAUUAUUUGGGAUUUCUAUAGAAAUGAGUGGGAAUACUUAGUGGAGAGAUUCACACUGAACAAUAGAUACUUAGGCCAGUUAAUUCGGACUAUAACAAAGUACUUUAGUUCACAAGAAAAACUCGAUGAGAUGAAAGCAUUCUUCGAAAAGUAUCCAGAGGCUGGUGCUGGAACAGCAGCACGCAGUCAGGCACUUGAGACAGUUGAAGGAAAUAUACAGUGGCUUAGUAGCUAUCAUGACACAAUCAAAAUGUGGCUUUCUGUGAAACCAAUUCCAUCUUGAAAAAUAAAUGCUGACAGUCUACGGAGCUUUAAGUGCUACAGACAUUAUGUCUACCACAUACAACAACUUAAGUAGUUGUUUAACUUUUAUUUAACUAAAAAAAAAAUUCAAAUGAACCUUGUAAAAAAGAAAUGUGAUGUUACCUGCUGCAGAUGAAACACAGUGUGUAAUGUAAAUAUAUGAUGUUUCAUUUGUGACUAUUGUCAGAGAAGUGCAGAUUCAAAACAUUUUUCAUAUAUGUUUAAUGAUCAUACAGAUCAUGAAGACAUUUGAGAUGUAUCAAUAUCUUUGCAUCAGUGCUGCCUUCAGUGUUGUUAAAUAAUUCUGUAAAUAUUAUUGUACAUCAAUCAAUUUUUGUUGUGAUUAUAUUUUUAUAUAAGCAAGUUAAUACUGGCUUUGUUUAUUUACAGAAAUCGGUUUGCAAUACAUUAUUUGAGAUAGA